AUGGAGAAAAUUUCAGUGUCAGCAUUCCUGCUUCUUGUGGCCCUCUCCUAUACCCUGGCCAAAGAUACCACAGUCAAACCUGGAGCCAAAAAGGACCCAAAGGACUCCCGGCCCAAACUGCCCCAGACCCUCUCCAGAGGUUGGGGCGAUCAGCUCAUCUGGACUCAGACAUAUGAAGAAGCCUUAUACAAAUCCAAGACCAGCAACAGACCCUUGAUGAUCAUUCAUCACUUGGACGAAUGCCCACACAGUCAAGCUUUAAAGAAAGUGUUUGCUGAAAAUAAGGAAAUCCAGAAAUUGGCAGAGCAGUUUGUUCUCCUCAACCUGGUUUAUGAAACAACAGAUAAGCAUCUUUCUCCUGAUGGCCAAUAUGUCCCCAGAAUUCUGUUUGUGGACCCAUCCCUGACAGUGAGAGCGGACAUCACUGGAAGAUACUCAAACCGUCUCUACGCUUACGAACCUUCCGACACGGCUCUGUUGCUGGACAACAUGAAGAAAGCUCUCAAACUGCUAAAGACAGAAUUGUAG